AUGUUUAGAUCACUUGCCGAGACUUACGUUUUACCUAUUGUAGCUUUUGGCAUAAAUCAUACGCCAGCAUUCAUAUGGGCGAUAAUCGAUUUUGUUUUCGAUAUUUUAGAAUUUUGGUUUAGGAAGCUUUAUCAACUUUAUAAUAGAAAGAACCCACUCAAGGAAUACUUGAAACAUCUCAAAAAUGUCAAGAGUUAUAAUGAAUGGAAAAAGACUGUCAUGGAAAUUGAUAAACUUACCAAUAUGGACCUUUGGAGGAAAAAUUUCAUUUCAAAACACUAUGACUACAUUCUUAUUAAUGAAAGGGUGAAGUUGUUAAAAGAGGCCAGACGCAACAGGGAUGCUCCUUUAAUCAUGUCUUUAUUAAGGUCUGGAUUGAUAAGAAAUUUUGGGGGAAUAGCGCAGAAAAGGUUGUACGUUAAGUCAUAUUUGGGGACUAAAUUUAUGAUUGAAGAAUAUAUAUCUGAAGUGCUUGAAUGUUUGAACUAUUUAAGUGAGUCCAUAAAUUCUCAAGAAGAUAAGGAAAGAGACAAUUUUAUCAUGAACAGUGAUCAACUUAAAUUGGAUUUUUUCCACGAUGCCAGACAAUCUUUUGGGUGUACGGCUUUGAUAUUACAAGGUGGAUCUUUAUUUGGGCUUUGUCAUUUGGGUGUCGUAAAGGCUCUUUAUUUUAAGGGAUUGCUCCCUCGAAUUAUAGGAGGUAGCGCAGUAGGAGCAGCGGUUGCAUCUUUGGUAUGUACUUUGACAGAUAGUGAAUUAAUUCCGAUUUUAGUUUCCAUUGCAGAUGUGAUGAGUGACAUUGAUAGAUUGAAUCAUGAUGUUGAUGAAAGAUAUGGUAACGUCAUAGAAAACGUUGUGAAGAAGGGUUAUUCUCAAGACAUCUUAAUAUUUCUUAAGUUUGUUCGUGACACAAUUGGUGAUUUGACUUUUGAGGAAGCAUAUCUUAAAACUGAGAAGGUAUUAAACAUAGUAGUACAUCCUACUCAUCAAUCAGUACCGUCACUUUUGAACUAUAUUAGUGCACCAAAUGUGAUAAUUUGGACUGCUAUUUAUGCAUCGAUAGGAACUGGAGUCCUUUCUGAUAAUGUACAACUCUACGUCAAAGAUUUCAAUAAUUGCAUAGUGCCGAAAUCACCCUCCUUCAAGGUGAAUUAUUUAAAACCUCAAGACGUUCGUUAUGAAUAUCAGUAUUUUAAAUUUGGUAGGGACUCGUCAUCUGGAGAAGAGACGAAUAGUUUUAUGGCCAAAGAGAGUACCCCAUAUACCCGUCUAACUGAAUUGUUUAAUGUCAAUCAUUUUAUAACGAGCUUAGCUCGCCCAUACCUAGCACCUCUUAUCAGCAACGAUUUGAAGCACUUCCAUUCCUAUGGAAAUAUAAGAUAUAAAGACGAUAAUGGUAGGAAGCAGCUUGGUGAAGGUGAUGACAACAAAAGAUUGUUUGAGGACCUGAAAACCGCUAUCAUCGACAUCGAACAGUACGCUAAAGAUUCAGGAUUCAACUUCAUAAAGCACUUUAAGAACAUUCUUGGGUUAGAAAUUCAGCACCGUCUAGAUGUUUUAAACAAAUUUGGCGUUUUGGCGGAUAUUGUUAAAAGACUUUGCAUAGAUGAAAGGCCAUCUACAGCUCAAACUCUUUACAGUAUCAGAGAAAUAACGAUUGUUCCUGAACUAAGGUAUUUACUAAGAGAUUUUGGGAGGGUAUUUGACGUUCACAAAACAAUGGAAAAUAUUCCGUACUGGGUGCUUGUGGGCGAAAGGUCUGUUUGGCCCUUGUUUCCAUUACUAUGGACAAGAUGUGCGAUUGAAUUUGCAUUAGAUGAUUUAUAUAAUAUACAUAGAAAGAAAUGA